CUCAAACUCAGUUUAGAAAUUAUUCCAAACCGCACAAAAACCAGCUAUCACGAAAGUCAACUCCCACUCGUACCAACGCCAUCUUCCCAUCGACGUAACGAAAUACGAUUGCGAACAUGGCUUCUAAGAACAGAGACUGGGCCGACGACGACGAAGGCGACGACGUCGUAGUGGAGCUUCCCCCCCCUCAAACCAUCCAAAACAAAGACGGAACCAAGACGACCAUCACGUACCGCUACAACGAGAACGGGCAGAAAGUAAAAACUACCCGACGGAUCCGCCUCGUGACGCACCGCGAGGUCGUCAACCCGCGCGUGGCAGAGCGCAAGACAUGGGCGAAGUUCGGGCUCAGCGAGAAGGAUAGCGCGGGCCCGCAGAUGGACACGACGUCGGUGGGCGAGAACAUCAUCUUCCGGCUCAGCACGAACUGGAAGAAGGACACGAAGGACGAGUCCAAGGACGCGAAUGCCAACGCCAUGAAGGAGAAGCUCAAGGAUAAGACUGUCAAGUGCCGUAUUUGUAACGGCGAGCAUUUCACCGCUAGGUGUCCGUAUAAGGAUACUAUGGCCCCCGUUGGCGCGGAGGGCGCGGCUGCGGAUGUCGCGGCGGGUAUGGGUGAUGAGGCUGCGGCGCAGGGUACGCCUGGAGCCGGGAAGAAGGGCAGUUAUGUUCCCCCUGCGCUUAGGGGCGAUCGCGGUGCGGCGGGUGGUGAGAGGAUGGGUGGUAGCAAGUAUGGAGAGCGUGACGACUUUGCUACUUUGCGUGUGACGAACGUCUCCGAAAUGGCAGAAGAAAACGAACUGCGCGACAUGUUCGAGCGGUUCGGCCGCGUCACGCGCGUGUUUCUGGCCAAGGACCGCGAGACGGGCCUCGCGAAGGGGUUCGCGUUCAUCAGCUUCGCGGACCGCGGCGACGCUGUCAAGGCUUGCAGCAAGAUGGACGGCUAUGGUUUCAAGCAUCUCAUCUUGCGCGUCGAGUUUGCUAAGAAGGCUGCUUGAUCGUGUUGCUGCUUCGUCGUGGAAAGGGGGCUUGCUACCUGGUUUGCAUAGUCUACCAUUGAUGCGGCUUGGUGGUAGUGGAUGGGAUGAGGUUAUGGAUGAAUGAAUGGCAUUGAACUCGGUUUUGCUACGUGGCUAUGGCAUGUGAGCAGAUGGGUAGACUGGGAUAAAAUGGACUCGGUUUUAUUUGAAUUCUACGGCCUUUGUGACCUGAAUUUCGUGAAGUGAGUGUCUUUUUUUCCUUGAUGAGUCUGGUCCCGUGAAUGGCUUAUGGUCUGGCUUAUGGCUAUUAAAAGCCACAUAUCCAAUCUCUUUCUAUGAUACUGCUCUGUCGCCCUACUCCCCUACCCUAUUCCCUUCUUCAACAACUGCUAUGCAGACCGGAUGUCCAUUUUACUAAGGAAUAUGACUGUUGUCUUUCCUAAAAUAUCAAGACUUGCCUUGUUUAAUACGGACCUAUCCAGACAGCAUGUGUAUUAUACUAGGUACCUUUCUCUUAACUGUCGUGUCUUAUAACCAUAGCCCAACCCAUUAAAACCCAAGGAUCACCCUUUUUAUCAC